CUGAGGGCUGUGGCGUGCACUGGGCGGGCCGGGGGGGCGGGCGCGCAGCAGGGUCUCAGCGGCUGAGGCGCCGGCCUCCCUGAGGCCCGGAGCAAGGCUGCCCCAGCGCCGCACCAUGGACUCGCGACCCGAGGAGUAUGAGCUCAAUGGCGACGUGCGCCCGGGCUCGCCUGGCUCCCCGGACGCCUCGCCACCCCGCUGGGGCAGGAACCGGCCCAUCAACAUGAACCAUUAUGCCAAUAAGAAGAGUGCGGCAGAGAGCAUGCUGGACAUCGCACUGCUGUUGGCCAACGCCUCCCAGCUGAAGGCUGUCAUCGAGCAGGGCCCUGGCUUCGCCUUCUUCAUCCCCCUGGUGGUCCUCAUCUCCGUCUCCCUCAUGCUGCAGAUUGGCGUGGGCGUGCUGCUCAUCUUCCUUGUCAGGUAUGACCUCAACAACCCUGCCAAGCAUGCCAAGCUGGACUUCCUCAACAACCUGGCCACAGGCCUGGUCUUCAUCAUCGUCGUGGUCAACGUCUUCAUCACUGCCUUUGGCGUCCAGAAGCCCGCAAUGGACACGGCACCCCGGCAGUAGGGGCUCAGAUGCCCCCGGAUCAUGCCUGGCUGCAGCUGCCUAGACCCAGGAGGCGCCUUGCCCUUGAGGCCCACCCUCCUGUGCGCACAUUCCCCCAAACCGCCAUAGCCCAGGCUGGCCCCACUGGACUGCAUCCAAACAAGCCACACACGGUCAGGCCACUCUGGCCAGCACAGGGCCUGCUCCAUCCUCAGCUGCUCCUCCUCCUGGAGCAUGGCGCGGUGAGGCCCAGAAGACAGAACUGUAGAGUCCUCAGCAAGGGUCGUCGCUGCCGUGGACAUGCAGCAGGCCCAAGGAUGGGGGGGCAAGAGGCUGGCGCCGUCUCAGGACAUUUCCAGAGGGAUGAGGAGAUGCCUGCCCUCUGCCGGUGCAGCAGUGUCCUGGCCUUGUGUGCUGCCCACCCUGAGUGACCCAUGACCUCUGCACUUCCUGACCCAGGACUGUAGACCACCAGUGACCCUGUGGGACCCCCACCGUGGCCACUGACUCAGGCCUCACACCCUCCACCAGCAGUGACUCGGCAGGGCCCUAGCCCCUCCUUGGCGGUCUGAGCCCCCACUUUUCUAAGUACAAGUAACCAGUAAAGCUGAUGCUCCUCCU